AUGGAUAAUUACCAGAAGCUGGAAAAGGUCGGCGAGGGCACGUACGGUGUUGUCUACAAGGCCCGCGACCUGACGGCCGGCGGACGCAUCGUGGCGCUGAAGAAGAUCCGGCUCGAGGCCGAGGACGAGGGCGUCCCAUCGACGGCCAUCCGCGAGAUCAGCCUGCUCAAGGAGAUGCGCGACCCCAACAUCGUUCGCCUCUACAACAUUGUCCACGCCGAAGGCCACAAGCUGUACCUCGUCUUUGAGUUUCUGGACCUCGACCUCAAGAAAUACAUGGACUCCCUGCCCGUGUCCGACGGCGGUCGCGGCAAGGCCCUGCCCGAGGGCACCGGCACCCGGCUGCACACGCUGGGCCUCGGCGACGACAUCAUCAAGAAGUUUAUGAGCCAGCUCUGUGCCGGCAUCCGCUACUGCCACAGCCACCGCAUCCUGCACCGCGAUCUCAAGCCCCAGAACCUGCUCAUUAACAAGGAGGGGAACCUCAAGCUCGCCGACUUCGGCCUCGCCCGCGCCUUUGGCGUCCCCCUCCGCACCUACACCCACGAGGUCGUCACGCUGUGGUACCGCGCCCCCGAGAUUCUGCUGGGCGGCCACCAGUACUCGACCGGCGUCGACAUGUGGUCCGUCGGCUGCAUCUUUGCCGAGAUGGCCAUGCGCAAGCCGCUCUUCCCCGGCGACUCGGAAAUUGACGAGAUCUUCAAGAUCUUCCGCCUGCUGGGCACGCCCACCGAGGACGUGUGGCCCGGCGUGACGACGUAUCCCGACUUCAAGGCCUCCUUCCCGCGCUGGGUGCAGGACACCGAGACGCCCAUCUGCCCGACGCUGGAUCCCAUGGGCCAGGAACUGCUGGAGCUGAUGCUCGUGUACGACCCGGCCAGCCGCCUGUCCGCCAAGCAGGCGUGCAACCACCCGUACUUUGACGAUCUCGAAAAGGCGCUGCCCGGCACGGCCGCUGCCGGCGCGCGCCAGCACACGACGACGGCCGCAGCAGGCGGUGCCUACAACGGCAGCGGAUACCACUAG